AUGCUCGCCACCUUUCUCCUCCUGCUGCUGUCCUCCCAUGCCCCGGCGCCGGCGCUCUCGCUGCCGCCGCGACCGCCGGUGCGCUGCACCAGCACCGGCGGCUGCGUGCUCUCCAACGCCUACGGCGCGUGGUCCAGCGACCGCGCCGACUGCCCCGUGUCCGCCGUCGCGUACCCGGCGUCCGAGCAGGAGGUUGUCGCGGCCGUGGCGCGCGCCAGCGCCACGGGCGCCCGCGUCAAGGUCGUCAGCGGCUUCGCGCACACCAUCCCGAAGCUCGCCUGCCCCGGCGGCGGGAACGGCACUGCCACCACGCUGCUCAUCAGCACGGCGAGGCUGGCGGGCGUGGAGGUGGACGUUGCGGCGCGGACGGUGACCGCGGACGCCGGCGCGCCGCUGCGGGCCGUCAUCGACGCGGCCGAGGCGUGCGGGCUCAGCCUCACGGCGGCGCCCUACUGGGAGGGCGUCAGCGUCGCGGGGCUCGUGAGCACCGGGUCCCACGGCAGCUCGUGGUGGGGCCGCGGCGGUGCCGUGCACGACCACGUUGUGGGCCUCAGGCUUGUCGUCACCGCCGGGGAGGCUGACGGAUGGGCCAGGGUCCUCACGCUGCGCACAGGCGACGAGCUCUUCCCGGCUGCGCUCGUCUCCCUCGGCCUGCUUGGGGUCGUCUCCAAGAUCACUCUGUCACUGGAGCCGAGGUUCAAGCGCAGCAUCACCUACGACUACAGGAACGACUCCAUCUUCCAGGACGACUUCGCCGCCCACGCGGCGAGCCACGAGUUCGCCGACAUCACCUGGUACCCGUCCCAGCACACGGCCGUGUACCGCAUCGACGACCGCGCGCCGCUGGACGCGCCCGGGGACGGCGUCAACGACUUCAUCGGCUUCCAGGCGACGCCCAUCGCCGUCACCGCGGGGCUCAGGGCGGUCGAGACCUCGCUGGAGCGGUCCAAGAACGUGAGGGGCAAGUGCGUGACGGCGGCGGUGGAGGGCGCGGCGAAGCGGCUGGUCGGCAGCGGGCUGAAGAACAACGGCGUGCUGUUCACGGGGUACCCCGUGGUGGGGCACCAGGGGAAGAUGCAGACGUCGGGCUCCUGCGCGCGCUCGUCCGCGGCGGACCUGCUCAGCGCGUGCGGGUGGGACCCCAGGUUCCACGGCCUCUUCUUCUACGAGAGCACGGCGAUGUUCUCGCCGCCGGCGCGGUUCCGGGACUUCAUCCUCGACGUGAAGCGCCUGCGGGACCUCGCCGGCUCCGACAGCCUCUGCGGCGUGGACGUGUACAACGGCCUCCUGGUCCGGUUCGUGAAGGCGUCGGCGGCGCACCUGGGCCAGCCCGAGGACUCCGUCGUGGUGGACUUCAACUACUACCGCGCGUCGGACCCGGCGGCGCCGCGGCUGAGCGAGGACGUGUGGGAGGAGGUGGAGCAGCUGGCGUUCGUCAAGCACGGCGCCAGGCCGCACUGGGCCAAGAACCGCCUGGUGGCGUUCGCCGGCGUGCUCGGGAAGUACCCGCGGUGGGGCAAGUUUGCGGCGGCGAAGCGGCAGCUGGACCCCCGGGGCCUGUUCGACAGCCCGUGGUCGGACGAGGUCGUCGGCGGGGUGGAGGUUGACAAGGGCGACGGUUGCGCGCUGGACGGCCGGUGCGUGUGCUCCGAGGACAGGCACUGCAGCCCCGGGCAGGGGUACUACUGCAGGCCGGGGCUCGUGUUUACGGACGCCAGGGUCUGCAGGUACUCGGUGUCGCAGAACCAGUGA